GGAUGAGGUCCUCUCGAUCUAUAACGAUGAAGCCCGGCGUGCGGGACGGUCGUUCAACCAAAUUGGGCGUGACUGCUGGCAGCGCUCCACCCGCACGGUAGACGAUAUCAUCAAUAUCCGUGGGCUGCCGGCGUACUACUCGUACGAAGACAGUCCCCAUGAUAUUUUCGUGGGGUUUGUGUGGGAUCUGCUGCGAGGAAUGGUUGCCUUGCAUGAGGAAAUGGAUGGGGUACUGCUGAACACCGUUCCUGAGGUGGAAGAAGAAGGUGUGCUCGGCGUUCUUGAUUGGGAGACGCCGGCGGGCAAGCAAGUUAUCUGUGUGGGCCCCCAGCUCGCCCUGACCCAUCGCUACGACGGCCAGAAGACGGUAUCGCCGACAACCAAGCGGAAGGAAGACGAGGCCGUGGCGUUCUUAGACGAAGCCCACGCCAGCCAUGGGUCCGAAUCGGUCCUGUUCAUCUCCUUUGGGUCCAUGUAUUUCCCUCCACCCCAUCAGCUACAAGUUCUCCUGGACGCGGUGAUAGCGACUGAGAAGCCGUUCCUGAUGACUAUUCCCGGGGCACAUGGUGACUUCCCAGUGGAACUGGAAGAGAAGGUCAGGAAGAGCGACAGAGGAUUGCUAGUGCCUUGGGUAGAUCAGCAGGCCAUCCUGGCUCAUGCUGCCACUGGCUGGAUAUUAUCUCACGCAGGCGCAGGCGGGACAUUCCAAGCACUUAGCCAAGGCGUCCCAAUGAUCUGUUGGCCGUUCGCCACUGACCAGCCGCAAUUCUCCCUGUGGGUUACAGACAUGCUUGACGCCGGCUUCUAUCUCAUCCAGAACCGCACUGGCCCUGCGGCCAGCCUGAAAGCCUCCCGCGGAGGACCAGCGGGAAUGCGGAUCAUUGGUACAGACGAAGCGAUCAGGAUGGAGUUGGAUAACGUCUUGCGUCAGAGUCAGGGAAUGGUGGGCGUGAGAAAGCGUGCGAAUGCACAAAAGACUGGGAAAGCUAUUUGGGAGUUUAUCCGACCUGAAGGUGGAGCGUGGCGCGAGCUAGACAAAUUAAUGUUUCGGUAUCUCUGCUCUGCGAAUGGCUUCUGCGGUCUUCGAAUGUCCCUGUAUCCCUGACGGCCGCAGGACGCCUUCGCAUCGAUGGACAGCCGGAAGAUGUGAAGACUGGGACAUAUUUCCCAGUCGUGACUAUAUAUUCGUCGCCUUUCUGACUCAUUGACUGCCACUGUUCCCUGCUGAGGCAAUAACCCGCCAUGUGUUUAUGAGGCCACUGCUUGCGGGCCACGGAGCAUCCAUCGGAGCUCGGAGAGAUCAUCGCAUCGAAAGUGUCUUUUGGAUCAUCAUAUUUCCGAGGAGCACUUCCGUACUACUAAAUGACUAU